AUGUCCUUCGCAACGACAUCAAAAAAUGUUGCGUUAGAAGAUUUAUUCGGAAAUCCAUUCAAACCAAAAAAGGAAAAGAAACAGGAGAACAAGCCGGAAUUCGUAUACAAACCAUCAGGAUAUGUACAAUUGAUCGAUCAAAUGAUUGGAACCAAAUCGAGACCUUGGAAUCCCGAAAGGACACCGAUUAAGCCUAUUCAAAUGCUUACCUUACCAGAAAUGACGAAAGAGGAAAUAUAUAUGCAAUGGGCGAUGGAAAAUUGUGCAGUUAAAGCAACAAUCUCAGGUGUUCUCGGUUUUGGAGUUGGAGUCGCUUUCGGAAUGUUCACAGCAUCUGUUGAUCCUUCAAUGUCGAUGGUUGGUGGAGAUCCGACGAAACAGUUAACAUUAAAAGAGACAUGGAAGGAAAUGUCAGGAAGAAUGAAGUCAUACGGUAAAAACUUCGGAUCAAUUGGUCUUAUGUUCUCUGGAGUGGAAUGUGCACUUGAAACAGUCCGAGCAAAAAGUGACUGGCGGAAUGGAACAUAUUCUGGAGGAAUUGUUGGAGCAUUAUUAGGCCUUCGCGCAGGAAUUGUUCCAGCAAUUUGGGGUGCUGCUGGUUUUGCUGCCUUUUCAACGGUUAUCGACCAUUAUAUGAGAGGAUAG